AUGGUGGGUGAUGUUACUCUAUCCAUCUCGAUUCUCAUUAGUCUUCAUGUGUUUUUUCUUUUGGUCGUGGAAAUUAUUCCUCCAACAUCGUUAGUCGUACCACUGUUGGGUAAAUACCUAAUAUUUGCUAUGAUAUUGGUUUCUAUAAGCAUUUGUGUGACUGUUGUCGUACUGAACGUUCAUUUUCGUUCUCCACAAACACACAGAAUGGCACCCUGGGUAAAACGUCUUUUCAUAAACUUUUUGCCCAAAUUUCUUUUUAUAAAAAGACCAACUUAUAACUUUGAAACAAGCAAAUUUCUUUUAAAGGAUGCUCACGCAUGUUUCUAUCCGUACUACUCUUCGACUAAUAUUGAUCGCCUCCCAUCAGCAGGGUACUAUAACCAUACAGCCUCGAAAGAAGAAUUAACAACACAAAGUUUAACCAGCACGGGACCUUUUGGUGGCAGCUGUCAAGUUCAUGGACCAUUGCCACAAAUUACGCAUUCUAGUUCAGACGAUUUAACAGCUGUUCCUGAUGUAGAUUCUGGAAAUUCAGGAAUGAAGAGCCCAAUAUUAAACAACCCCGCCUUUUCUCAUUCGAAAUGCCCACCUCGAGUUCAUCGGAGCUGCUUCUGUGUACGAUUUAUAGCAGAGCAUACCAAAAUGCAGGAGGACUCUACAAAAGUUAAAGAGGAUUGGAAAUAUGUCGCAAUGGUGCUGGAUAGACUCUUUCUAUGGAUUUUUACAUUAGCUGUUCUGGCAGGCACAGCUGGAAUAAUUUUACAAGCGCCAACUUUGUACGAUGAUCGGAUUCCUAUAAUCGAACAGAAAGAUUUGGAAUUUGCAGGAACUUCAGCCGGACGAUGUAGACCAGCGCAAUAGCGUUUUUAUGCUAAUAUAACCUACAUAAUCUUGACCUGACCGUAUUUACAUGGUUUAUUAAGUUUUUUGCAAAAGUUUCAUCAUCUUAAUAGCAAAAUUAAAUAUAUUUAAUUUUUUUCUUUCAUUCCGUAAUAGCUAAAAUAUCGCAUCAAGCCAUAAAA